AUGGACUUGUUACCACGACCGAAACAAAGGCAGCCACCAAGACUUAUCAAUGCACGUACAUUUCGUCUUUACAUUCUUCUACUACUAGGUGGGUUCAUAAUUAUCCUAACGCUACUAUCUUACAUUGCACAACCGGUGGGUCCAGAUAAACCAAGUUGUCGACCAGUAUGGAUGUAUCCGUCGUAUGCAAGAAUCAAAGCUUUUGAUGAAUCGUAUACUUUAUAUGCAAAGAAAUAUUCAUUAUAUCUAUAUAGAGAACAGGGAAAAGAUCACAUACCCGAGGAGAAACAAGGUGAUGGCGAUGCAAAUACAAGUAAUGCCAAGGUACAGCUACAUGGCUUACCAGUAUUGUUUAUUCCUGGUAAUGCAGGAAGUUUCAGACAAGCACGGUCCAUUGCUGCACGGACAUCGGAGUUGUACCAUGAACAAGUGGGUAAACAAGAAGGAGGGAGUGAUAGCAUGAUUGGCUUAGAUUUUUUCACUGCCGAUUUCAACGAGGAUUUUACAGCCUUCCAUGGAAGAACGAUGUUAGACCAAGCGGAAUUUGCUAAUGAAGCUGUCAAAUUCAUUCUAGAGUUGUACUCCAAUUCCCCCAAGUCACCAAAAUCCGUCAUUAUUAUUGCACACUCAAUGGGUGGGAUUGUGAGCAGAAUAAUGCCCACCUUGCCAAACUAUGUGGAGGAUUCGAUUGAAACUAUUUUGACAUUGAGCUCGCCACAUUCGGCAGCGCCAUUGACUUUUGAUGGAGACUUGCUUCGUAUAUACUCCGCGGUGGAUCAAUUUUGGUAUAAGGGAUUUCAUUAUGAAAAUAGUGACGAUAACAAUGACAACAAAGUAAAAAAGUUAGAUACCACACGGGAGGUAACGGAGAUUGCGCACAAAAGAUUGCAAAAUAUGGCACUUAUUUCCAUAACUGGCGGAGCUGUAGACCUGACAUUACCUGCAGAUUACACAACAUUGGGUUUUUUGGUACCCAAGACAAACGGGUUCACUUCUUUUUCAUCUGGGAUACCAAUGGUAUGGUCACCGAUUGAUCAUUUGGCUGUUGUUUGGUGCCAACAACUACGAACUCGUAUAGCAUACGCAUUACUAGAUAUAGUCAAUAUGAGCAGGAAGGAAGACCGAGGCGAUGAAGGUGAUGAUGAACGCAAUGAUGGCAAGGAAGACCAUAUUAAAUGGUUACAGCAGAGGAUGAGAGUGUUUAAAAGAUACUUUUUGAGCGGGUAUGAACCAUAUGUUUUGGAAGGAGAAUUUAGAGAGGAGGAUGCGGAAAAGGAAGGAAAAAGCUUUGAUAUACAAGUUGACGAAAAAACGGAACUUGCAAAAGAAAACAUUAAAUACAGCCUUGGAGGAGGAGGAAAAGAAGGAGGAGAAUCAAAUGCAAAACUUUAUUUUAAGUUGAAUAGUGAAAAGAAGUUGCAUUUCACUUUGUUAUCUUCUGCGCAGUCAACUGCCGAUAAGGGAAGGUUAGUUUUGGAUAGUCUAGCACAAGUCUAUCUAUGUAAAAAAAAAUUUACAGACCAUCGGGCCAAAGACGGAAACUUGCAUCAUCAUUGUACUUCUACAGAUGUAUUACAGAAUGUGAUACCUAAUGUUGGCAAGAAAGCUCAUCAUGUUUCAGACUCUUCAUACGAUGGUGACUUGCCUCCGUUCUACAACCUUGAACUUGACUCAAGCUUGUUAAGCCAGUAUGAUUACCUAAUAGUCCAGACCGAAAAGGCAAAAGCUGAGGACUCAGUUUUGACAGUUGAAUUGACAAAUAUGGCGACCACUCAUGUCAUGGAGGGUAAUGUUUUUUCUUUAUUGACAAUUGGCAAUUCCAUAAUUCUACCUAAAGAUCGUGCUUUGAUGACUGAGGUGAAGGUUCCACAGGCAUGGAAUAGUCUAUUUGUUUACAAAGUCAAGUUCAAAACUAAUAAUUUGUACCACCACGAGAAUGAAAACAAUGAAAAUAUAUUGGAUAAUACAUUAAAUUUUAAUACGUUUGUUAGACAAUAUACUAGUCAGCCAUUUGAAACCAAGUGGCACAUUGAUGUUGAGGAUACUUUGUCUAUGACUAUGCAUGGUGUGGCACCGUAUAUUCCAUUUGGUACCCAAGAUGAUUAUUCAAUGAAUUUGCAAAUUUGGACAGGUGACAAAUUGAGCAUGAGCACACACAGAGAGUUGAAAAUAACCAUUCUGGUUGAUUUAAUGGCAAGUUUAAAGCUCUUGAUAUUGAGGUAUAGAUUAACCAUUGUCGCAUUCAACAUUGCUAUCAUUUGCAUGGUAAUGAUUGCACAAUUGAAGAGAGGCUACGAGUUUCCCAAUUUCAUCCAAACAUUGGUUUUUGUUCAUUGGAAACUAUUGGUUCCCAUUAUUUUGUUCUUAAUUGGAAUCAAUUACAUUGUUCAUGUUUCCUUUAUUGAAAGUUUUUUACAAUUUGUAAAUCCGGUGAAAGUUCUUGGAAUUAGAACAAAUGUUCUUGGCGAGUCAGGGAGUGGAAAUUCAGCAGUUGCGAGUCAAUUCCAUGCCAAUCUCUUGUAUUUGGGACUUAAGGAGAAAUUCACUAUUGUUGGCAUCAUUCUUUAUUUGGUUUCUUACUUUGUGAUCAGUGUAACUUAUUACAUCAUUAUCUUGGUGGGAAUUCUGAUUACACUAUUGUUGAGGUUUGUCCCUAAAAGGCAGCUUUCAAGGUCAAUGGUGAAGAGUCGAUCAAUCUUGCGGUUUACAAAAAUCCAGGCUAUUACCACAAUGAUAAUUUUGGGGUUGGUUACAAUAUUCAUCCCUUAUCAGAUAGUUUACCUUGUUUGUUGUUUGAUACAAGCUACAAAUGUUAUCAAGUUUUGGCCACAGACGACAAGGACACGUGGUAACGCAAGACAAAUGUUUGUUUUCAAUUAUCAAAUUAGUUGGUUGAUGCUUAUGCUUUGGAUAUUGCCUAUAAAUGUACCCAUAUUGAUUGUGUUUAUUCACAAUCUUGCAGUGAAUUGGAUGACACCAUUUAGUUCUCAUCAUAAUGUUCUCUCCAUCUUGCCGAUAUUGAUAUUUGUCAAAUACAACAACAAUGGAAUUGGAGGCAUUGCAUUAGAUAAAGACGACCAUGAUGAUGAUGACGACAACGAAGAAGAAGUAGAAGCAAAAGUAGAAACAGAAAUAGUAGAAGCAGAAGCAGAAGAAGAAGGAGAAGCAAAAGAACUCAUACUUGAGAAUUGUCUGGAUAUCGAAACGGAUAGUAAGAAGCAAAGGAUUGAGAGAAAAGAGGCCGAAGGGAAUGGUGAAGAGAGAGAUGCGGUUAAAAAGUAUGUUUUGGGGAUGUUUGUUGUUUUAUUAAUGUUUGCGGUUAUUUACGGGAGUCGUUAUACGUUUUUCAUCCAUCAUUUGUUUAACUUGCUAUGUUGUGUUGUUAUUGUUUGGUUAUAUUAUUCUCAGAAUGGGAAGAAGGCAAUCAAAAGAGCAAGAUUCGACAAGGAGGUGGAAGCGGUGAUUAAACAGAGCUAA